UUCCAUGGAGCACAGAGAUGAUGAUGAUGAUAAUGAUGAUGUGUCUUUUGCCAAGUGGAUGAGCAGCUUUUGGGGUCACAGCUGGAGAGACAAGGAUGAGCGAGGACUCCGGGACCACCACCGACUACAAGAGGCAAGCAACAGGAAGGCUUCUCUGCCCUGCCCAUUUCCUGCAUUUCCCAGUGUUACAUCAUCUGACUGCCACCCCAGAAGACAUUCUCAUGAGGACCAGGGAUCCCAAAGCUAUCUUCCCAUGCGGUAUCACAGAAAAUGCUCAGUGGAUAGUUCAUUCAGGGAGCCAAUGGAAUCACAAAGACGAGCUCAUUCCAAAAUGCAGGAAUUUUCAGAAUCCUUUGAACAACACUUGUGCCUUCAAACCAAGCGCUCUCCUUCCGAGGGACCCAAGGGGAGGAAGGAGAGACAUGAAAGACCUUACCUAGAGACUAAUGUGAGAUCCUACAAGAAAGUGGAGGACAGAAGGAGCUCAAUGAAGGAAGCACAUGGAGACGGACCCAUGGCUCCUUUGAUUGAAAAGGGGACGGAGUAAUGCUUUGUUUCAAUAUUGCCAUGACAGAUGUCACUGUUUGGAGACCCAGAACUUCCUGCAGGAUGACAUCUGGAAAGAGUGUCUGCAGAUGUUGAGACUAAAGUGGGCAGUUGGAAUGGCUGCUUCUGAAGAUGACUCCUGUUACACUCCAACUGCCUCUGGCAUCUUAAGUGUGCAAUGUUUAUGUCCUUCUGUGGUAAGAAGAAAAGGUCUUUGAAUAAAAUAAAAGAAUUCCUGA